AAGUCGUCGGUGUAUGUCAAGAAACACGGGUCCCCUCAACCUGGCCCCAGCACUCGGUAGUAUAGUGUUUCGACGCGGUCAGUUAGGCGAUGAGGCCCCGUACCGUUCGGUUAGAGAAUCUAUCAGUAAGCACCGGUUGACCGAGUAAACCGAGUACAACCAAGCGCAGGGAUAUAACCACGUGCAACAAGUGAAUACCCAGUGUCAAGUGACUGUCAAUCUUGUCUUGGUGAACGCAAGGCGAGAUGCACCUACGCGGUACAUUUGGCGGGGGCCUUCUCGUCGUCGUUUACUUCUUAUUCGCCCUUGCGUCAACUAAUGCCCAGGACGACGAUUCCCUCGCUGGGAGUUUCUUUUCUGGACUAUUGGAUUCGAUAACGAGUACUGCAAACAGCGCAGACUGUCCUGGAGUAUGUGUUCACGCGUUUGCAACUUUGAUAUGCUACGAGGUACUGGAAGAUAUUCAGUGUCCAUCUGCGAGUAUGCGAUGCUGCGUGGAAGCAGCUAACAAUACCAUUUCUGCCGAUUCACCAAAUGUUAAGGGUAGUGAAAACACAACGAAAAAUACGGAAGCUAAGCCUAUUACAACUAUAAUUCCACCGACAACCCUAUCAACGACUACUACGUCAACGACACCGUUGUAUACUACCACACUAAAAACAACUACGGCCAAGCAAAAAGAAGCACAGGAUAAGUUGUCAGACGGUAAAAAAUGUGCCGGAGUAUGUGUGCCGGAUCGAAUGGCUGAUUAUUGUGAAGCAGUAUUAGCUGUCGAUGACCUGUGCGAGGAAGGAUUACGAUGUUGUGUUUCUCGUGAUAUAUAUGGUGAUUCUCCACCACCAGAAUUGACUGUCAUUAAUCGAAAUACAACACGCAAAACUAUGGCUACACCAGCAAAGAAUACUCAACUUACAACUGUUUCCUCAACUAUGUCCAGUUCAACUCCUGCUCCAACUACGAGCAUUACGACUCCCAAAUCAAAACCUGCAAUUCAAUGCACAGGUGAAUGUGUCAGUGGCCUAUUUGCUCUCUUCUGUGACAAUAUUGACAGCGAAGCAGAGUGUCCGAAUGAUGGCAGUUGCUGUAUAACUGACACCCCACAAAAGACGGAACCGAGUACCACAACAACUUUACGUCCAUCGACCAGACCUUCACCACCACCACCAUCAAAACUACCUCGCUGUCCAGGCUUUUGUAUACUGAACAUCAUGGCAGCCUUUUGCGAACGGCCAUACGUUCUUAUACCUAAGACGUCAACUUGUUCAGCAAGCACGAUAUGUUGUGACGAUACGAGAAGUCCAUCUCCGCGUCCCAGACCCAGACCCACAACGCCAAGGCCAACAACAACUGUAGCUCCUGCACCACCCGAUCCUCGUCCAGAAUGCCCUGGUUCAUGUAUAGUUUCCUAUCUGUCUUUUACGUGCUUCAGGAAUGCUGAAAUGACGGAUCUCUUCAAGUGCAAGAAAUUGGGGCAUCAAUGCUGCGCCCCAAAAUCAAUUAUCAGAGAACUUCAGGGUGACAGUUCCAAUCAACAAUCAGCCACAAAUAGAAACGACACCGUUUUUAUGCCAAACUCAACUCCAAGACCAUAUACAACAAUGAUUUCAACUCCAAGUUAUGAGACAACAACUCUAGCAACCACGACGCGUGCACCAGUUUACAGCAAAUAUGUCUGCGGUGUCAAAGGAACUUCACGAGGUCCACUACAAGCAAGAAACGAUAUUAGAGAAGCCCGAGUAGUAGGUGGAGAAGACGCAGAUGCUAAUGAAUGGUGCUGGCAGGUGGCACUUAUCAAUUCUUUGAACCAAUACCUUUGUGGCGGCGCCCUGAUCGGGACGCAGUGGGUUCUGACUGCAGCUCAUUGUGUAACCAACAUUGUCCGCUCCGGUGAUGCGAUAUACGUCAGAGUUGGUGAUCAUGAUCUUACACGCAAGUAUGGUAGUCCUGGCGCUCAAACCUUGCGUGUUGCAACAACAUACAUUCAUCACAAUCAUAAUAGCCAGACCCUCGACAAUGAUAUAGCCCUCUUGAAGUUACAUGGGCAGGCAGAAUUAAGGGAAGGUGUAUGUUUAGUUUGUUUACCAGCUAGAGGUGUCAGCCACACAGCUGGAAAAAGAUGCACAGUUACUGGCUAUGGUUACAUGGGAGAAGCUGGGCCUAUUCCGUUAAGAGUACGUGAAGCAGAAAUACCAAUAGUAAGCGAUCCUGAAUGCAUUAGGAAGGUAAAUGCCGUAACAGAAAAAAUAUUUAUAUUACCAGCAAGCAGUUUCUGUGCUGGAGGGGAACAGGGCAAUGAUGCUUGUCAAGGUGAUGGUGGAGGACCGUUGGUCUGCCAGGAUGAUGGAUUCUAUGAACUGGCAGGAUUAGUCUCAUGGGGUUUUGGUUGUGGCAGAGUAGACGUACCUGGAGUUUACGUUAAAGUUUCCGCUUUCAUUGGAUGGAUAAACCAAAUUAUAUCCGUGAAUAAUCUAUAGUUUAUUACACCUAUGUUUGAUGGAUUAUUUAUUUAUUUGCACAACUACUGCUACCCCAAUUACUCUUGUGACUGAAAAUACUUGGGCUAUAUAUCUACCUGUAUCAAAGUCCUUCAUACAAUCAACAAGCUCUUUUCAUUCCCUAUAAGAUAUAUGUCAAUAGAUACAUCCGAUAUUUUCUUAGCAAAUUGGUUGGCAGAAUAGAUGGCUUAAUAAUUUUUUUUCAUUUUUUCUAUCAAGUAUUUAACCAUCUUUCGAUUGCUAGAAUAAUCGAAUUUUCAUUACUCAUCAACUUUGAAUGGUUCAUAAUCUCAACAGUUGAAACAACUUGACAGUUAUGAACCAUUUUAUGUUAAUCAUCAUCUCUCUAUGUUUAUUGUAAAUUAGGCUUAAAAAAUAUGACUGUAUUUCAAGUGAACCGUUCAAGUGGUAGAAACGAUUAUCAAAAUUCUUUAGCAUUUCAUUUGACUUACAUAAUAUAUAUCGUGUAUCAUUGCAAUGACAAUAUAUUUGAUAUAUCUACUAGUUGAUAGAAGAGGUAUUGUUACAAACCGCAGCUAUAUCUAUUCUUUGAGGAUACAAUGGAAGAUAAGCUUCUUUCUUUACCGAAAAUAUCACGAAAACCUCUCAUUAAAUCUCAAGCACUUGCAUCAAUAACAAGUUAUCACAUGUGUAUGUACGGUAACAGAGAUGAUACAAAUUGAGACAUGUAACUUCAGAGAAUAAUAAUAGACACUUUAUAUAAUGCGGGAUCUUAAUUGAAUGUUUGGUUGACAAUUUAUCUUUUGUAUUGAGUGUGUCACUUUGUCUUCUAAUUUGAAAUUAGAUAAGGGCGACAAAGAUCAGAAAUAUGCACUAUGUUCAAAUACAUAUACCUACAUUUUUAUAGUCAAGUCAUUACUUUGGUAAGAAAAUUUUUUCACUUUGCAAAAUAUUGUUCGAACUAUCAGAAAGUACAUACUUAUUUACUCGCUUUGUAAAUUAAUGCAUCAUUCAUAAUAUUGCUCAUAUCAUUGGUACACUUAAGUUUUUU